AUGAAGAGCGCUCGCAUGCCCCUCACACGGGUCCUGCGUUCUCAUGCGCCUGCUGUGCGUGCGUUUCAUGCGUCCGUACUGCGUGCUGAUGCACCGCGUUCGCCUUUCCAGGUGUUUGUCGAGACGCUUCGUCAGGAGUUGUCCAAAUCGCGUGAAUUCCAGGACAACUUGAAGCAGCUACAGGGUCAAUCGGAAAAGUUCCAGGACUCGGAGACGAUGCGCAAGGCCCGUGAAGCGUACGAGCGUGCCCGUAUUGUCUCGUCUAUCAAGCACAAUCCGCGUCUGCAGGCAGCGGCGGAGCAGCUGCGCAAGAGUGGUGGCCAAGUGAGUGCGGCUGUGGGUGCCACUUUGCGUCAGAUGGAGGAAAGCGAGCUCAUGAAGUCGCUGUCUGCGAUGUCGAGCCGUCUGCGUCGGCAAAUUGAGGAUACAACCGCGCCUGUGCGCAACACAGAAGUAUACAAGGCGUUCGCUGAGACGAUUAGCGAGGCGCUGGACGAUGGUACGGGCGCCAUUGAUAUCCGUGUCGCGAAGGGGACUAGUGCGAAGGAUGCGCGCAAGAUCAAGCGGGAGGCUCGUCUGCGCAAGAUUGGGCGUAGUCCGCCUGUGCAUGAUGUAGAUGCUGAGCCUGUCGACCCCAUUGUUGCUGCUGCCAUGGCUGCAGGCGAGGCGGCAGGUCGUGAUGCGGCGGGCGUGGAAGAGGAAGCGCCCACGGCUACGCCGGAGGCGCCCAAGCCUAAGAAGCGUUUGGGCGGCUAUGCUGUGCAGUCGUCGCGUGUGCAGGAGAAUACAGAGGCAGGAGGCCACUUGGUCCUUGCCCCAGAGUCAGCGCAGGGCAGCAAGUGGGAAAAGUUCCGCUCGGAGAGCUCGUUUAUGCGCCGCCUGUCUGAAUGGAACGAGGCGUACCAAGAUUCGGAGCAUCCGUUUGUGGAGCGGUUGCGUGGUGUGACCAAUCGUGUUGCGUCGUGGUUCGAGGAGAACGAGACGGCACAGGUCGUGCGUGCCUUCAAGCAGAUGGACCCCAAGUUUACGUUGUCGGGCUUCACGAUCGAGCUGCGUGAAUAUGUGUUGCCGGAACUGCUGGAUGCCUAUCAUACUGCGCAGCGCCAUUUUCUUCGUCAGUGGUGUGGUGAGGCGACGUACAACGUGCUCAUGGCGACGCUGGAUCCAUACAUGCAGCGUGGCUACAUUGCGGAUGGCCGCAUCCUCGACUUGUCGGGCAUUGAGAUCGUGCAGGGCAAAAUGCUAGAGACGGGCCCUAUGCCUGUGCUUGUCAUCAGUUUCCAGACGCAGGAGCUCAUGUACUUCAAAGAUCCCAAGACGGGCGAAGUCGUAGAGGGCAGUGUCGAGCAGGCGAAUCUCUGCCGCUAUGCUAUGGUGCUCACGCGUGUGGAGGAAGAACUCGAGAACGAAGUGACCGGUGGCUGGAAGGUCAUUGAGCUGGCACGCCGUGGCCAAGCUGCGUUUAUGUAG